AUGGUUCAUAAAUUAGUUUUAAUUAGACACGGUGAAAGUACUUGGAAUAAAGAAAAUAAAUUUACUGGUUGGACUGAUGUUGACUUAUCAGAUAAAGGUGUAGAAGAAGCUCAUGAUGCCGGUAAGAAAUUAAAGCAAAAUGGUUAUACCUUUGAUAUUGCCUUUACUUCACUCUUAAAGAGAGCCCAAAGAACCCUCAACAUUGUUCUUGAAGAAUUAGGUGAAUCAAGUAUUCCAGUAGACAAAGAAUGGAGAUUAAACGAACGUCACUAUGGUGCUCUUCAAGGUUUAAAUAAAUCUGAAACUGCCACUAAAUAUGGUGAAGAUCAAGUUAAAAUCUGGAGAAGAUCAUACUCUAUUCCACCACCACCACUUGAAGAAUCUGAUGAACGUUUCCCAGGUAAUGAUCCACUUUACAAAGAUUUAAAAAAAGAUCAACUCCCAAAAACUGAAUGUCUUGAAGAUACUGUCGCAAGAGUUUUACCAUUAUGGGAAUCUACUAUUGCUCCAACUAUCAAGAGCGGUAAAAAGGUUUUAAUUGCUGCCCAUGGUAAUAGUAUUAGAGCUUUAAUUAAAUAUUUAGAUAAUGUUUCAGAUGAUGGUAUUGUUUCAAUGGAAAUUCCAACUGGUAUCCCAUUAGUCUAUGAAUUAGAUGAUGAAUUAAAACCAAUCAAAUCAUACUAUCUUGCUGAUGAAGCUUUAUUGAAAGCUGCUCAAGAAGCUGUUGCCAACCAAGGUAAAGCUAAAUAAAUAUUAUUAUAGGUGUAUUAAAAUAUUUUAAAUAAAAAAAAAAAUUAAAAAAUAUAAUUAUAUAAAUAUAACUAUAUUUUUUUUUUUAAAC